ACGCUCACUCCCUCUCUAGUUGCCUCGCCUUGCCUUAUCCUAAUCCUCUCUGCAAUUCGAAGAAGAAGAAAAAUGGCUUCUUCAACUCUCUCAACACUUUCUCUCCGCUUGCCCACUUCCUCUAAUCCUACGCACCCUUCCCAUUUCAAAGCCCCUUCCCUCCAGUUCCCUCUCCGUUCCCUCACUCCUCCUAACCUCACCCACCGUUCCACCGCCCUCCGCGCCACGGCCGCCCCCGAAAAAAUCGAAAAACUUGGCACCGAAAUCUCCAACUUAACCCUCGAGGAAGCCCGCACCCUUGUCGACUACCUUCAAGAGAAACUCGGCGUCUCUGCCGCUGCCUUCGCUCCCGCAGCCGUUCCAGUUGCCGCCCCCGGUGGUGCCGGUGCUGAAGAGGCUGUUGUCGAAGAGAAGACCGAGUUCGAUGUGGUGAUUGAGGAGGUUCCUAGCAAUGCCAGGAUCGCGGUGAUUAAGUCCGUUAGGGCUCUGACAAAUUUGGCUUUGAAAGAAGCGAAAGAGUUGAUUGAAGGUUUGCCCAAGAAGUUCAAAGAAGGAGUUUCGAAAGAGGAAGCCGAUGAUGCCAAGAAACAACUUGAAGAAGCUGGAGCUAAAGUUUCCAUUGCUUAGAACAGCAGAUGGAAGCGUCCACCCAAUGCUGCUUCCCAGUCGCAACAAGUCAAAGACUCGAAGGCAGGAUAAGAGCAAACAAUGCCGAGUUAGACAUCCAAUGCCACUAAUCGCCUGUAACCUCGACAGCUUACCCGUGGCUAUUAGAGAUAUCAAGUCCUAUCUUAGAACCAUUACAAUUAGUAGGAGCCUAUCUGUCAAACCGACAUCCUUGACCGCAAAACCAUACAUCAACUGACCCUCCACACUAAGAAAAAUCACUUACUACCAACUUUAGCUCUUCUCUACUGGUAGGGGAUGACCAUUCCUAUCUAUAUUAUUAAUGCCAUACAUAAAUUCAAUUCAAAAUCGACAUGUGAAAAUCUUAAAUUUAACUCAACAAAACAAUCCUCUAAAAGUAUUGUAUCGUGGAGUUCCCUGUAUUAGGAGUCGAAUUGUAUCUUGUCUCAUUUCCUUAAAAAAUGGGUAAAUUAAUUUUUAUAUCUUAAAUCAAAGAACAAAUUGGUUCUCCCGUUAAAGGAAGCUUGUCAUUGUAACAUUUGUUUAUUUCAUCGGUCACGUCAGUACGAGUGGAUGAAUUUUUUAAUAGAAAAAAUUAAUUUGCUCUUAUGUA